UGUAUCUGGCAAGGGCCCCAUGAAUGGCCCCCACUGACACAAGAAUGGCGAGACGUUUGGUGGACACACCCCCUUCCAGACGGACCACGCCCACGACGAUAAAAAAGACCCUCCGCUAAUAAGCCACGCCCCCAUGUUGAUGUGACACGUCCCGACGCUUUUCCACGUCGCCCGCACGCCCAACGGUUGAGGCUGCGCGCGUUCGUGCUAAGGCCGGGAAAAAAUGGCGGCGCCCGUCUUGCGAGUGUCCACCCCUCGCUGGGAGCGGAUCGUCCGGCUGCUCGUAUGUCUAGCAGGGAUUCUACUGUCACUGUACGCCUUCCACGUGGAGAGGGAGAAGAGCCGCGAUGCCAGUUACCGCGCCAUGUGCGACCUGAGCAGCUCGGUCAGCUGUUCCAAAGUCUUCACGUCCAGAUGGGGUCGAGGAUUCGGACUGUUGGGAAGCAUUUUUGGGAACGACAGCGCAGUAAACCAGCCAAACAGUGUUUAUGAAAUAUUCUUUUAUGUUUUUCAACUAUUACUAGGUUUGACGGCCAGCGCGAUGGCUGCCCUGAUUCUGAUGACUACGUCCAUCGCAUCUGUGAUGGGCUCUUUCUAUCUGGCUUACAUCCUGUACUUCGUCCUGAAAGACUUCUGCGUCAUCUGUGUCACCACAUAUGCACUGAACUUCAUCCUGUUUGUGCUCAACUACAAGCGACUGGUUUACUUGAACGAGGCCUGGAAGCAACAGCUCCAAGCUAAACGGGACUAGACGGGGGGGGAGAAAAACAAGAAAAAAACAAAAAUAUAUAUAGAAGGAUGACAGUGGGGGGGGGGAUGUGACCUCUGAAAUUUGUGACUUGCCACCAGGAGACCUUGCUUCCAAACAAAUUCUGUUGUGUGUGUAAAACAAAACAUUAAAAGAACAAAAAAAAAAACAACAAAAAAAGAUGAAACAACGAAAGUAAAAUUGUAAAGAAAGUUAACAUUUUUGGGGCCACCGAUCACAGGUUUAUCACAUUGCAAGGAAGGAUUUGAAAACGUUGUCCAUUUUUAUUUCUCGUUGGUUUUCUUUGUUGAGGUUUGGGCUGUGAUCAAGAGAGAUCAGUUGGACAAGAACUUAUGGGAACAAAAACUACAAACGGAGGAGAGUGUCCAUUCCCUGAGGAAUAAAAGGAUGGAGAAAACGUGUAAAAAAGAUGCGAGACUUAGAAGUUGCUUACUUGAAUCCACUGGGAGAGUCUUUGCUCGUUGUGAUCCGAGCUCGAGUUUCCAGCGGGACUGAAUUUAAGGGUUUAUAAAGGGUAAACGUGAGCGAUCAUGAGGUUAAUGUACCGGAUGCAGAGGUAAUUCCACACGUCAUUAAAAACAACAAAUAAAGUGUAAUUUUUUAUGUUUACAGAUUUUAUUUUUAUUAUUGUUUUUGGAAGAGGACCACUCAUAAAACACGGAAGAAUGUGAACUGUAUGUGUGUAGAUCAGAUUUGUCUGUGACUACUUUUUUUUUUAUUUGUUUGUUUCGCAGUUCUGUAAAUAGCUGCCGCAAAGCAAUAUUCCAAACUUGAAACAUUAAAACAAGAAAACAUCAAAAGUCCCGAUAGCAUGUCCGUCACUUCUAGAAAGUGUUUAAAAAAUGAUUGUGGAUUUUAUUGCAAAUUUAGCAAGUCGUACAGUUCUCUGUACAGGUAUUAUGAUGAUUGACUCGUCUUAUGGUGGUUUCUAUACCCCUGAAUAAUGCUGCGUUCACAUCCUGUGGGAAUUACUGUACUUACGAGAUGACGACACAGAGAUUUUACUCUGAGCUGUUCACGCACUUGGACUAAGAAUUUAUCAGUUUCAAUGGCAACAUUCAUAUUGCCAAAACGGUUUCAUGUGUGGCUUUAUUGUUGAUGACCGCAAAAUAUUGAAUCAUUACAUUAAUUCAUUUAUUUACCUCUAAGUUUGUGCAAAAUGUUUAAGAAUAAAGAAUGCACUCUGGGUACAGUAUGUUUAACUGUUGAGGCUGCUGCCUUAUUGGUUCGCUUUACGUGACGUCAUGAUGGUCAGGUUGGAGCUUUUAUGGAAUUCCACGAACGCUUUUAUAAGCCGGAAUAUCACCGUAAUUCCAACAUGAUGUGAACGCACUACAAGUCUAGUUUUGAACCAAUGCUGCAUUCACGUCAUGUUUGAAAAACCGUAAUUACUACGCGACUACUGGAAGAUUCUAUUACGAGCUGUUCACAUCCUCCGUUUAGAAAUUAUUCGGUUUUGUUACAACGUUUAUAACGGCUUUGUUGUUGUUGAUGUUCUUGAAUACUGAAAUAUGUUAAUUCUCCACGUUCUCUUGAAAAACGUACAAGGGGUCACUGGCUAUAAUUAAAGGAAUAUUCCUAGUCCAAUACAAGUUCAGCUCAAUCGACAGCAUUUGUGGCAUAAUGUUGAUUACCACAAUUUAUGUUGACAAGUCCCUGGUUUUCUUUAAAAAAAAAAAUAAAUAAAAAAAAAGCACAAAUUCUGUGUUCCAGUGAGACACUUACAAUGGAAGUCAAUGGGGAAAAUAUUUGGAGGGUUUAAAGUCAGAAAUGUGACUUAUAAUUUUAUAAAAGCACUUGCAUUAAUUCUUCUGUUAAAACCCGUGUAUUAUGUGAGCUGUAAAGUUGUUUUAAAUUGUCAUUUUUACAGUCGUUUUAGGUUUUGAGUUUUUUGACAUUACAUCGUCAUGGCAACGAAGUUAUAAAAUUGUCUAUAUCUUUCCACAGAUGCAGUUAGUAAGUGAUUUUCUCACAGUAAAAUCAUGUUAACACACAUAUUGUUUAUGUCUUGUGACUAUACUUUUGAAACAGUGAGUAUUUGAAUGUUUACAGAUUGACCCCAUUGACUUCCAUUGUAAGUGUCUCACUGGAACACACAUUUGUGCUUUUUUUUUUUUUAAAGAAAAGGAGGGACGAGUCAAAAUACAUUUUUCUGGUAAUCAACAUUGACACACAUGCUGUCGAUUAAUCUUCACUUGCACUGAACCCGGAAUAUUCCUUUAAUCAAAAUAUCAAACAGAAAUAUGUAGAGGUAGCCAAAAAGUGACCUUUAACUUUUGAUGCCGCUGCCAUUUUGGUUGUUUUCACAUGACGUUGCAACAGUCAAUUGAGAGAAGUUGGAGUGUUCUUAAAAUUAGACUCGGCAUUAUUUUCGGAAACUCAUCAUUUUGGUAAUUCCAAUGUGGUGUGAAUGCAGCAAAACUUUGGUUAGAUGGUGCAUCACCAGUAGACUCAACAAAUCUCAUUGCAAAUGUAUUGGCCUUGCUAUGAGUUCUCGUGAAGUACUAUUUUUUUUCUUUUUCAUCACCUUUGUAAGUACACUAAUUUUAAGCAUUCCUUACCAAACUAAUAGAAUGUUUAGAGAAAAUAGAAAAUGUUGUUCCUGGAGUUUUCUCCUUUGUGGUUCUGACUUUUUAGGUUAAAGGGUUUAUUUCAGUCCAUAAUGUUCAAAUCUGUUUCUUGUUAAUGAUUCUGUCUCUGUCUUGCGAUAAUGUUGUUCAACCCCAAAGUGUACAAGCUACAUCUAAACUUUUUACCCAACUGCUUUCACUAAUAUCCACAAUUCUCAUUUUCUUUCAAUGCUAUCUUUUUAGUAUUGUCUCAGAUUUGUCCAAGACUUCUCCAGCUGUUUGGAUUGUCAGUCACGAUGCCAAAUAACGGCAAAAGAUGCAACAAAAGGUCUUCAGUCUUUAUAGUGGGCCUGUUGUAUUUGGAGUUUAAAGGACUGUGCUGUGUAUGUGUUUGUAUUCGCAAUCGCACUGUCUCCGACCAUAGUGUUACACAAGACAAGCUACUCGUCAUAGAACAAUGUUAGUUUAAUCCCUAGUGAGGCUAACAUUUUCUGGUGGUGUCAAUCUUAAUUUCUUUCAAAAGUCUGUUGUGUGUUCAUGUACACGGAAAUAGUUGUACCAACAAUUGGGGCUACGGGAACAUGUGACAAGUUGAGUUAAAGGUGCUGUAAGUUGGACUCAGUAAACUGCUGGGAAAAUAAAAUGAGCGCGGUCCGCUGUCUGAUUCGAUAUUUAGCCAAUCAGAAGACUCUGAAGCAUAUUCUGCACGUUUAAUGAAGCGUCAGUUUAAGAGUUGUCCAUUUGUGGCGUGAGAACGCUAUUUGGCAACAUUCGUAGUACCUGUAGAAGUAACUGUGUAACUGUUUGGGUUUGCUGAUAUCAAAGUGCAUUUUUCAGUUAUAAUCACCGAUUAUAACGAUGUGUGACUUUGGAAAGAAGGGGUGUGUCUCAUUAAAUGACUAAAUCUUGUGGAAGUUCUACAACAGCUAACGCCGCUUACAGCAUCUUUAACAGUUGUAUUAUAGUGAACUUGAAAUAAAUGGGGUCGGGUUAGAUUGGGAUAAUUUGAUGCAAAUAAAGACAAUCAAAUGACAAUGUAAAUGA